UUAAUGAACCCCGGAGGUGGAAUUGGGACUCCCCUGCAGAAGCGCCUGUAGGAAGCGACAGCUUUACUGCUUUGGAACCUGGAGAACUGCAUUACCCAGGAUGCUCUGCAUUGAGUGACAGCGCGGGAGAACCAGUGAGGGCUCAGAAUAAGGGUGUUUCUGUGUGCGCACGUAACGUAGAGGCGGGACUUUGGCGUCUUCUAGCAGCGGCCAUUGUGGCUAACGUUGGGUGUCUGCGAGGUCUGUGAGGUGAGAGGCCCUGGAGCCGUGGGUCCGAACCGCGGUGUCUGAACCCAGCAGGUGGAGAGGAGCCCUUCUCGCUGCACUGAGGCGGAUCUUAAGCCCCGUAACGGCGCCCGCCGCUCCCGGCCGUGCUUUCCCCACGCACUCGGAUGGCGGCGGCCGCACUGAGGCUCCCGGCUCAGGUCAGACAGCCAGCAUGAGGUCACCUGGUUCCAGGGAUCUGAAAACGUUCAUGGAGGCCGGGCGCGGUGGCUCACGUCUGUAAUCUCAGCACUUUGGGAGGCCAAGGCGGGCGGAUCACCAGAUCAAGAGAUCGAGAUCAUCCUGGCCAACAUGGCACUCCUGGAUGCAGAAGCCCUUAAAGAACCCACCCACUGGUGGGUGCAGUGGCUGCCUGUAAUCCCAGCACUUUGGGAGGAGGAGAUGGUCAACAUAAUGAACCCCCGUCUCUACUAAAAAUACAAAAACAAACAAACAAACAAACAAACAAACAAAAAACACGGACCUGAUGACAGGCGCCUGUAAUCCCACCUACUCGGGAGGCUGAGGCAGGAGAAUGGCUGGAACCCGGGAGGCAGAGGUUGCAUGAGCCGUGAUAGCGCCAUUGCACAUUAGCCCAGGCAUCAUCUGGCUCCAAAGAAGAGAACACACUGUUUCAGGGAGGAGGAAAGAGGAUCAGAGUUUAAGCUCCUGCAACAAUGCAGCAGGGCACUGUGACAUUUGAAGAUGUGGCUGUGAACUUCUCCCGGGAGGAAUGGAGUCUUCUUAGUGAGGUUCAGAGAUGCCUUUACCAUGAUGUGAUGCUGGAGAACUGGGUACUUACAUCCUCCCUGGGUUGUUGGUGUGAAUCAGAAUAUGAGGAGGCACCUUCUAAGCAGAACAUUUCUAUACAAAGAGUGUCUCCGGUCAGCACUCCUAGAGCAGGUGUGUCUCUCAAGAAGGCUCACCCCUGUGAAAUGUGUGGUGCAAUCUUGGGGGACAUUUUGCACUUGGCAGAUCAUCAGGGAACACAUCACAAGCAGAAACUGCACAGGUGUGAGGCAUGGGGGAAUCAAUUCUAUGAUAGUUCAAACCGUCAGCACCAGAAUCAGUACCUUGGAGAGAAACCCUAUAGAAGCAGUGUUGAGGAAGCGCUGUUUGUGAGGAGGUGUAAGUUCCAUGUUUCAGAGGAAUCAUCUGUCUUCAGUCAGAGUGGGAAGGACUUUUUGCCCAGCUCAGGAUUACUUCAGCAGGAGGCCACUCACACUGGGGAGAAGUCAGACAGUAAAACCGAGUGUGUGGCUCCCUUUCAGAGGGAAAAAACUCAUUAUAGCUGUGGAGAAUUCAUGAAACUUUCUAGCACCAAACACAGACUUGUUCAACAGCAGAGACUUCUCCCUAGAGAAGGGUGUUACUGCUGUGAAUGUGGGAAGUCCUUUAGCAAACCUGAUAGCUUCAGUAAUCGUCAGAGAGGUCACACUGGGAAUAGACCUUACGAAUGUGGAGGAUGUGGGAAAUCUUUUAGUCAUAAGGGCAGCCUUGUUCAGCAUCAGCGAGUUCACACUGGAGAAAGACCUUAUGAGUGUGAAGAAUGUGGGAAAUGUUUUACUCAAAAGGGCAACCUCAUUCAGCAUCAGCGAGGUCACACUAGUGAAAGACCUUAUGAGUGUGAAGAAUGUGGAAAAUGUUUUAGUCAAAAGGGCACCCUCACUGAACAUCAUCGAGUUCACACUAGAGAAAGACCUUAUGAGUGUGGAGAAUGUGGGAAAUCUUUUAGUCAUAAGGGCAGCCUUGUUCAGCAUCAGCGAGUUCACACUGGAGAAAGACCUUAUGAGUGUGAAGAAUGUGGGAAAUGUUUUACUCAAAAGGGCAACCUCAUUCAGCAUCAGCGAGGUCACACUAGUGAAAGACCUUAUGAGUGUGAAGAAUGUGGAAAAUGUUUUAGUCAAAAGGGCACCCUCACUGAACAUCAUCGAGUUCACACUAGAGAAAGACCUUAUGAGUGUGGAGAAUGUGGGAAAUCUUUUAGUCGAAAGGGACACCUUAGGAACCAUCAGAGAGGUCACACUGGAGAAAGACCUUAUGAGUGUGGAGAAUGUGGGAAAUCUUUUAGUCGAAAGGGCAACCUCAUUCAGCAUCAGCGAAGCCACAGUGGAGAAAGGCCUUACGAGUGUAGGGAGUGUAGGAAAUUGUUUAGGGGCAAGUCCCACCUCACUGAACACCAGAGAGUUCACACUGGAGAAAGGCCAUACGAAUGUAAUGAAUGUGGGAAAUCAUUUCAGGACAGCUCUGGGUUUCGUAUUCAUCAGAGAGUUCACACUGGAGAAAAACCGUUUGAGUGCAGUGAAUGUGGGAAGUCAUUUCCUCAAAGCUGUUCCCUCCUUCGACAUCGGAGAGUUCAUACUGGAGAAAGGCCUUAUGAGUGUGGAGAAUGUGGAAAAUCAUUUCAUCAAAGCUCUUCCCUCCUGAGACAUCAGAAAACUCACACUGCCGGAAGACCCUAUGAGUGUGGAGAAUGCGGGAAAUUCUUCUUCAGUCUCCUUGAACACAGGAGAGUUCACACUGGAGAAAGGCCUUAUGAAUGCAGUGAAUGUGGAAAAACGUUUACUCGAAGGUCUGCGCAUUUUAAACAUCAGAGACUUCAUACUAGAGGAAAGCCUUACGAGUGCAGCGAAUGUGGGAAAUCCUUUGCUGAAACCUUCAGUCUUAAUGAACAUAGGAGAGUUCACACUGGAGAAAGGCCUUAUGAGUGCAGUGAAUGUGGAAAAUCAUUUCAUCGAAGCUCUUCUCUCCUUCGGCAUCAAAGAGUUCACACUGAAAGAAGUCCUUAUAAGUGA